AUGGCCUGGUUGCUUCCUAACGAAAUAUCGGAGUUUGUUAGCACAAAGUCAUCUCUGCCCGCUCCCUCGGCGGAGGACUGCUUUUAUUGGCCCCAGGAAAAGCAAUGGGUGCCCGAACGACUCCUGAAGAAGCUUAAAGCGGGCGAAAGAAAGCAGCUUCAGGCGUCAAAAACCCUUGUACAGCGAGCGGCUUCAGGUAGGGUAUUCUACCCUGCAGGUCAAAGCAAAUGCCGCAAGUGCGGAGGCUCCAUUCCGAAGGGGGCCCUCCGCGUUGGGUAUCCCACAUCAGAUCCACGCGGGGCAUAUGAAGUGCUUUGCUGUUGGCUGCAUCUUGGCUGCAGCAGCGAGCUUUUCUCCGUCCUACUGGAGGGGGAGGCGGGGGAGCAGCUCCUAGACCAGCUGAGAGAGGAUCUUUUAGUUUCUCUGUCCUCCUUGAAGUCCGUCCAGGCUACCUCACAGGCAGGGAAAGGCUUGCCCAAGGCAGAGGACGGGGUCCCCCCUGCUGGCUCCUCCAAGGAGGGGCCAGCACAGUGCAAAAACGAAAAGCAACAAGAACGCAAGACACGAGCAUGUGGAUUAGCACGCGCAGCGGCAAAAGGAGAGGAAGGGGCAGCGACUGACAGCUGCAAGGGAGCUCCCAGCACUGCAUCAACGGCGGCGACUAGUGAGGCCGGCGUCAGCAGGGGAGCUUCUGGGGUCAAUGAGACAUCUCAGGCUGGCAACGAUGAAGCUACAGCAGUUGAACUGCCGCCGCAAGACAGACUGCUGCUGGAGAGGGCGGGCUGUAUUGUCUCCCUGGACCGCCUCUGCCUUGCAGAGGAAGGGCUGUCGCCCAUUGAACAGGGGGAAGUCCAGGGGGCACUGGCGAUGGCUGCACGCCGCGUAUUUUUUCCAGCUGAGGUCCAGGCGGAGUCAGCAGCAGCAGCAGCAGCAGCAGAAGAGGCGCUGGAGGGCCUCGCCAAGAGGGAAGUUAAGGGGCGUGCACCGUCUCCCGAGGGGCUGUUGCUGCCGCUGCUGCCUUUCCAGGAAGAGGGCCUCUGGUGGCUCAUGCAGCAGGAGGAGUCUCACGUACGGGGAGGCAUUCUUGCCGAUGAGAUGGGGAUGGGGAAGACAAUACAGAUAAUAUCUCUUCUGCUGUCGCGUCCUUUUCCUCCGCUCCCUCCCUCCGUAUCCCCUCUCGUACGCAAAGUCGUGUGCAGCACGCUGGUCGUGACACCGCUGGCCGCCCUUCUGCAGUGGAAGAGUGAGCUGGACAGGUUUGUGUUGCCGGGACGGCUCUCUGUGCUCAUCUAUCACGGAGCCCAUAGGAGGUCGUUGCACUCCGUUCUACAUCAGUACGAUGUCGUGCUGACAACAUAUCAAACCGUCGAACAGGACUUCCGCCAACAGGCGAACAAACAGAAGGUUCCCUGCAAGUACUGCGGACGGCUGUUUUUACAAGACAAGCUGUACAUACACCUCAAGUACUUUUGUGGACCCGAUGCCCAGCGUACUGCAAAACAGCGUUUGACAGAACGCAAGAUGGAAGGGGCUACAGAACGGGCCAUGCUGACUCUGAACAUCAUCCAUGCAGAGGAGGAAAAGGCGGAGUCCAAGGCAGCCACUGGCGCGGCAGCCGCAAGAAAGAAGCAGAGCAGCAAGGCAAAGGGGGGAAAGAAGGGGGAAGGUGGUAAAGGAGAGCCGUCGAGCUUCGUGCCAACGCCUUCUAAUUGUUUCAAAGAGCUGCUGCAGCAAGCAAAUAUCAGCCUUGACCAGGUCGGACCCAAUCCGUGGCUUGGGCCUCACUUCAACCGGAGUGCGCGCGCUGCGGCAGAUACGUCGGAGCUUUCAACGGAGGAAAAGUCUAAGGUGGACGCUGAAUCAAGCAGCGGCAUCAGCAGCAGUGACCGAGGCAGCACCAACGGUGCGACUGGGGAGGGCCUCUGCGUAGGAGACCUUGCCCGCCUCAAAGUGGCGGAGCUGAAGGAGCUUGUCAAAGUUCUCGGGGGGACAGUAGGAGCCCGCAAAACGAAGGCUCAACUGCUGGAGCAGCUUCAGCCGCUGCUGCAAGAGGGCAACACGGCGAAGGAGGAGACGCCAGAAGGGGCAGCAGCGGAAAGCGAAGCAGCCAACGUAGUCAGCAGGGCCAGUGUGGCGUUGCGGAAUAGGCAGCAAGAGGAUGACGAGCAGCUUCAAGAAGAUUCUGAAGCGGAGAACAGCCCCACUCAGGGUCGUGUUGCCCGCAGGAGCAACAAAAACACGACCAAACCUGUCAAGCAGGAAAAGGUAGAGGACAUGAACCUCGUGGAUCGAAAGCAACAGGUUACAAGCUCACCGGAGAGCAGCACUAGCAGCAGCACUAGCAGUAGCAGAAGGCCACCCUUCAAGUACGUUAAGCCCGUAAAGCCAAAGCAGCAGCACGUAGAUCAGCAACAAGACACGGGCGUGAUAGACGACGAGCAGCCUCUGUCUGCUGCUGGCGGGGGGAAGAAGCAUCAAAAGGCCAGUAAGGGCACAGCCAAAAGCGCAUCGAAGAGCAGCAAGAAGGGCAGUAAGAAAGCCUUGACGAGCUGCAAAAAGCCAAGGACGCCUCAGAAGACGAGACCUCGAAAGGCAGCACAGAGGCAGAGCUCACCCCAGGAGAGUACCAGCAGCGGGGGUGACAGCGACUGGGAGAGCGGCAGCACUGCAUACGAGCCUUCUGAGUCGUCCUCCGGAAGCGACUCUUCAGAGUCCUUUGUGACCUCCUCAGACGAUGCUGCCCCUGUGUCUGACUCUGACGCUUCCUCAGUCAUUUCUGUGCUUUCUGCCGGCAGCAAAAGGAGGGGAAAGCGUCGAGGAGCUGGUAGCAGCGGAGGCACAAGUACCAGCAGCAGGGGGUCUCAGCAGCGUCUGCUGGUCACACCGGUAGAUGAGUUGCUUUGGGGUAAGGCACUCGGUGAUUCAGAGUCUGAGGACGGCGAAGAAGGGGGGCGGGUUAGAGAGAGACUCGAGGAGGAUCCGCAGCUGAUUGAGGCUCUUAGACAGUCUCCGCUUCACGGUGUUGUGUGGCAGCGAAUCGUGCUAGAUGAGGCCCACAGAAUAAAGUCCAGGAACAGCAGUACCGCACAGGCGAUCUUUGCUCUGCGGAGUGCCACACUGAGGGUGCCCGGUGUAGAGCAGCAGCAAAAGCGAGUAGGAGGAGAUGACCAGGCUUUGAAUUGUGAUGCAUGUGACACUGCACCGCCUGUGGCCGCUGAGGCUGCUGAGAGCACUGAAGACGCUGUCAAGCAGACGAGUGGGGUAGAGGGCGAUUCCAAGCCUGGAAAGCGCAAACGGCAAAGUAAAAUGCAACAACGGCAGCAGCAGAAGCAGCAGACGCAAGAGGCGAAAAAGAAGCAAGACACUGAGGGGACGGAGGAGCAGGCACCGCAAGCUGCUGGGCCUCCAAAGCGGAUGCGGAAGGCGUCAGAGGGCACAAGCGAGAGCGGAGGUGGUCAACGAUCAGCAGGUUCUGCUACCGCUGAUGCUGAUGAGGGGGAGCGAGAGUUUGAGAUUCGGGUUGGAGGCUGCAGGUGGUGUUUGACGGGUACUCCGCUGCAGAACCGAGUUGGCGAGCUGUACAGUCUCGUGCGGUUCCUGCGGUUCUAUCCGUAUGCGUAUUAUUUCUGCUCGAAGAAGGGUUGCAACUGCAGGUCUAUGCACUACCGGUUCGCCGACGGGAAGUAUUGCGAGAAGUGUUCGCACACACGUAUGACACACUACUCUUUCUUUUGUCGCCGCGUCGUCAAGCCCAUCAAAGAGUUCGGGUAUCAGGGGGAGGGUAUCGUGGCCCUUGAGACGCUGAAGAAGGAAGUUCUGGAUAUUUGCUUGCUUAGGCGAACGAAGGUAGAGAGGGCGGCUGAUGUGAAGCUGCCGCCCCUCACGGUCUCCAUCCGGAGGGAUUCGCUGAGUCCUCAAGAAAGAGACUUUUACGAAGCUCUUUUCAAACAAACGGCUACUCAGUUUGACUCGUAUGUGAAGAGCGGCACUGUUCUGCACAAUUUUGCACACAUCUUCGAUCUGCUCUCCCGGCUACGACAAGCGGUUGAUCAUCCCUACCUGCUCAUUCAUGGGUCACUCCAGUCCAAGGAGGGCUGUCAGCCCCUCCCCACAGAUUCGCGCAACCCCCACGAGACUGGUGUGUGUUCAAUUUGCCAGGAAGAUAUGAGCGCCAUGGACAUGAUUCAAGCCAAAUGUGGACACGCAUUUCACCGCCUUUGCAUUGAAGAAUAUAUGGAGUCUGCGCCCAUGAUGGCGGAUGCAGGAGAAGAGCAAAUGCCACAGCCUGCAACACUGGGAUGCCCCGCCUGCUUCGUUCCCCUGACUGUUGACUUAUCUUGUCCAGUUGGACAAGAGGCUGCUGAAGAAUCCUGCAGCAGCCGGCAAGCAGCAGGCAGGAAGACUGCUGCUAGAGCAGGAGGCAGGAAGGAGCGCAAGAAUCAAACGGAGGGAGGAUGGGAUGGGGAGGAGCUUAGCGAGGAUGAGGGAGAUGCAUCUGAGAUUGAUUCAAUCCUCAAGGGCACCGCAGGUGGAGACAUCGUAGAUGUCGCGAACGAGGGGAUUAAUAGAGCGUCCGAGACAAGGAACAAGGGUUCGACGAGAAGAAGAGCAAUUAUGAAGAAGAUCAGCGCCAGCAGCUUCACCAGCAGCACUAAGAUUGAGGCGCUUGUGCAGGAGCUACAAACUGAUUACUCAGAAGACCCCGAAGUGAAGAGCAUCGUCUUCUCUCAGUUCUGUGCCAUGCUGGACCUUAUUGAAUUCCGGCUAAAGAGGGAAGGAAUUCACUGCGCCCAGCUGACGGGGUCUAUGACUGCCAUUGCGAGGAGCAAUGUGCUGUAUGCGUUUAACAAAGACCCCCACAUGCGAGUGAUACUGAUUAGCCUAAAGGCAGGUGGAGAGGGGCUGAACUUGCAGGUUGCCAGUAGGAUAUACCUCAUGGAUCCUUGGUGGAACCCAGCAGCUGAGAUGCAGGCCAUCCAGAGAGCCCAUAGAAUUGGUCAGACACGGCCUGUUAAGGGUGUGCGCUUCAUUUGUAGUGACACAAUUGAGGAACGCAUUCUGCAGCUCCAAGAAAAGAAACAACUUGUAUUCGACGGCACUGUAGGCGCGUCGAAUCAAGCAAUGCAUAAGCUUACUCAGGAAGAUCUCCGUUUCCUUUUUCAGUCUUAG